CAAAGUCCUGGUUGGUGGCUGCGGAGCGGGCGGCGAGAUGGGAGCGCUGGGCCGGGUCCUGCUGUGGCUGCAACUCUGCGUGCUGACCCGGGCCGCCUACAAAAUCUGGGUCCCCAACACCGACUUCGACACUGCGGCCAAUUGGAGCCAGAACCGGACCCCGUGCGCGGGAGCCGCUGUGGAGUUCCCUGCGGACAAGAUGGUGUCCGUCCUGGUGCGAGAAGGUCACAGCAUCGCCAACAUGCUACUGCCGCUGGACGGGGAAUUUAUCCUGGACCCAGGAGCUGGAUUCAGCGCCUCAGACACCAGCUCCGACCCAGACUGCAGCGCAGGUGCCCCGGCACUCUUCCUCGACCCCGACCGCUUCUCGUGGCACGACCCGCGCUUGUGGCGCUCCCGCGACGCGGCACACGGCCUCUUCUUUGUGGACGCCGAACGCGUGCCCUGCCGCCACGACGACGCCGUCUUCCCGCCCGACGCCUCUUUCCGGGUGGGCCUGGGCGCCGGCGCCGUGCGCGUGCGCAGCAUCUGGGCUCUGGGCCAGAAGUACACGGUCAACGAGGCCCUGACGGCUUUCCUGGAGUCCCGCGCCGGCCGCCUGCACUUCCACGGGCCCGGCGCGCUGAGCGUGGGCCCCGAGGCCUGCGCUGACCCGUCGGGCUGCGUCUGCGGCAACUCCGAGGUGCAGCCGUGGAUCUGCGCUGCCCUGCUGCAGCCUCUGGGCGGCCGUUGCCCCUCGGCCGCCUGCCACGACGCCCUCAGGCCCGAGGGGCAGUGCUGCGACCUCUGUGGAGCCAUCGUCUCGCUAACCCACGGCGCCGCCUUUGACCUGGAGCAGUUCCGCGCGCGGCUGCUGCGCGACUUCCUGGCUUUGCCCCAGUACCAGGGCCUGCAAAUAGCCGUAUCCAAGGUGCCGCGCGCAUCCCGGCCCCGCGACGGCACGGGCGCGGAGGCCGACACAGAGGUCCAGGUGGUGCUGGCGGAGACGGGGCCCGAGACGGGCGGCGCGGGGCGGCUGGCCAGGGCCAUCCUGGCGGAGGUCGCCGAGCACGGCGCGGCCCUCGGGGUCCUGGCUGCGACUGUCCGCGAGUCCGGCGCGCCUGUCGGGGGCGGUUCAGCGGCGGGGCUGGAAGGAACAGGGUCGCGCGCGGGCCUGGCGGGCGCGGUGACGGCCGCGCUACUCCUGCUGCUGCUGGCGACGUCCGCGGGGGCGCUGUGGCUGCACCGCUCGGGCAGGCUCAGGUGGAAGACGCGCGACGAGGCGGCCGUCGCGCCGGCCGGGGCGCCCCUGGGCUUUCACAACCCGAUGUUCAACGUGGCGGGCUCCGUGGAGCUGGGCCCGGCCCCGCAGGUGGACACCAGGAACACCAGCCAGAGUUACUUCGUUAAUCCGCUGUUUGCAGAGGCCGAGGCCUGAGCGGCCGCGUGACACGCCCUUCCCCCACCCAGCCCUGCGGGACUCAGUGUUCCCUCCGCACCCUCCUCCCCCUCUCCCGGCAAGCACAGGGUGGCCUUGUCCAAUAAAGGGGUUUCCAGAACCUGAUGUCCGUGGGCACACCGCCUCUGUCCCCCAUCCCUUGCCCACUUUGGUGGGAGCUGGGAGGGCCGCCGGCCAGGCCCCCAUGGGUCACAGUCGGGACGGGAGGGGUGGUCCUCAGCCCGUCCCCAGAGGCCUCCUGGCCAGCCGCUGAGGGCAGCCCUGACCACUGUUGGUUGGCUGCACCUGCAGGCUUUCUGUCUGGCCUUGGAAGAGCCCUUGGAAGGGAAAAGGGAGGUUGAGGCACUGGUGAGGGUGGAGAAAGGUGGGCUGCGGCUGCCUCCCACCCCCUCACCCCCCACUCCAAGCGGUUCAGGCCCAAGCUGCAGGGGACAGGGACAAGGCCCGGGGCUGCCAGGGGGACAUGACAUCCACCAGACUGGACAGACUGGGCUGCUCAAGAGUGGGGUCCCAGGAACACUGUCUUGCAGGGACAGGGUGGGGUGGGCUGAUCCUUUCUGCUACGGAGGGGAGGCAGUUGUCCCCAUACAGUGGUGGCGCCUGGGAAGAUUGCUGGCAGGUGGCAGCCUGCUGCUGGGUGGGGUGCUGGGUUUCCUUCACUGCAAGACCAGGCCUUGUCCUGACCUGUGGGGUGGGUGCCAGGGCUGAGCAGCCCCAAGAAGGACACCCAGCCAGCACCAGACAGGGCAGCAGUGCGAAGGCGCCCGCUCGGCUGUGAUGUGUGAAGCUCUAGUGCCAAGUGCCCAGCUUGAACUCUCACAAAGCGACCUUUCUGUGUAACCAGCAUCUGGGUCUGGAAACACCGCCAGCCACAGCCCAACCACUCUGCUGGCUUCUGACUGGAUUCGUUUUUAAAAGCCCAUCACCAGAGCCACACUCUGUGGCCAGCACCUGUCUGUGAUGCCAUCCCAUGGCUGUGUGGUUGUCACUAGGUGCUGUGUAGCGUUUCAUGUGUGACCACUACCAUUCAUUGUGCUACAAUAGCUCAUAUUUCAUCUUAAAAAAAUGGCUGACACUUGAGCAUGUUUCAGACCCAUGACAGGUGUCCUGGCCUCGUGCAGCACAGGCAUCAAACUGGGGGCCAAGACCUAACCCAUCUGACCCCCGAAGCCUGGCUGCCUACAGCCCCUCCCCCCACACCCCUCCAUGCUCAUUGUUGCUUUCCCAGUUGCUGCGAUUUCACUCAGGUGUUUCUGAAAGGCUAUACCUGUGCCUUGUGUGGUCUCUGCUGCUCCAAGGCUGCUUUAGCGGGCA